AUGACUUUGAUGGAGGUAUUACCUGAUGAAUUAUUAAUACAAAUUUGUAUUUAUUUAAAACCUUAUGACGUAUUAAAUUCUCUAAAUAAUCUGAAUACACGUCUAAAUCGAACAAUUACAAAAUAUCGUCAAAAUAUUAAUUUAUCGAAUAUAUCCUUUGACGAAUGUCAACGUUAUUGUACUUUAAUUUUACCAUCAAUAAGUUCGACGAUUCGAUCGUUAACAUUAAGUAAUCGACAUACACCAAAACAGAUAGAAAUAGUAUUAAAUAAAUUAAAUUUUAAAUAUCAAUUUGAAUGUUUAACAUUAAUCGAUUGUACAAACGAUGAUACAGAACGAUAUUUAACAAAAUUAGAAAUAUUUCAACAUCUUAACGAAUUUCAUAUUUUAUCUGAUAAUCUUCUAUUAGAAAAUGAAACAUUUGUAUUGAAAAAAUUAUUUUCUAAUAAAACUCAUUUGAACAAAAUAGAUAUAAAAUGGUUACUCGGUUUUAGUUUGGAACAUAUUGUAUUGAAACAAAAUAAAUAUAUUUUAGAUUUAGAAAUUACAUUAAAUAGUAUAAACGAUCUAAUGAUAUUAUUCAAUAUUGUACCAAAUAUUCAACGUUUAAACGUUGAAAUUGGCAGUGAUUCCUGUGUAUCUAAAAUCAAAUCAUUGAAUUUAUGUUCAUUAACCUACUUACAUUUGAAAAUGGAUAAUCGACAAUUAAAAUAUUAUACAUUUGAAUUAUUAAUGAGAUAUAUUCCAACACUUGAACAUGUAUCAAUAAAUAUUUCAACUUAUGAUAAACGAUUUAUCAAUGGACAUGAUCUAAAAUCUUUAUUACAUAAAUUAAAACAAUUUCAUUGUUCUGUUGAAUUAAAAGAUAAGGAAAUUAAUAUUGAUUAUGUUAUUCAAACAUUUACAACAGAAUUUUGGUUAAUAGAAAAAAAAUGGUAUAUCAAUUGUUAUAACGAUUUUGAUUGUCAAACAUUUUAUUUACACACACUUCCAUAUCCAUAUAAGAUAAUGUCAUCAAUUCAUCUUGUUAAUUCAAAAUCAACUUCACCAACAAUAAUAUAUUCAACUAUUACAGAUGUUUUUUUUAAUGGACAUAACAAUUAUCUCUUUAGAUCAUCAUUUUUUCAAUUUCUUAAUCAAUUUAGAAAUAUUCAACGAUUAACAUUGAGUCAAUCAUGUUUUAUUAUGGACAAACAACAGCAACCAUUAGUAUUAUCAAAAUUACGUCAUUUAUCUAUUCUUGGCUCAUUUGAUAAUGAUUUAUCAUUGAUAUUUUUCAAUUCUUUAUUAUCAAAAUGUUUAAAUAUAUCAUCGUUGUGUCUGUCUUAUAUUAAAAUUCAACUAUUAAUUCAGAAUAUUAACAGUGAUUAUUACCGAUGGACAAAUUAUAUUGAACAUUUAACUAUACAUUCGUCUAAUGAAAUAACUCUCGAUGAAUUACAAACGUUAUCAAAAAUAUUUCCUAAGAUAAACUAUUUAAAAUUUUCGAUACUCAACGACCUAUUUAAUAAAUCGAUUUGUAUAACUAUUGAUAAUUUUCGAUAUUUGAAAUAUCUAAAUGUCUAUUGUGUGAAAAAUGAACGACAUAAUAUCGAAAUAUUACUCAGACAAAACACGGCCAGAUUAAAGAAUAAGAAGAAUAAGUUUGUUUGUGUUUAUUCCGAAGAUGAACAAAAUGUUGAAAUUUGGAUCUAA